CGCUUUAUACUAUGUUUUGUAUGUUGUGAAAGAGAAAUAAUAGAAUAUUGUUGUAAAUUCUCAAUAAUUAAUUUUAUAAUAAUUGUCAAAACGCUAUGACUUCACAUUUAUGUACUUACAUUUUCGGAAGCAUUUUAAAUGUAUAAUAUACUGUUGUUAUUAAGUAUUCUUUCAAUUUAUACAUUGUGACAUAUCAAUUUAAAUAGUAAAACAACAAAAUUGUUUAGAAUUCUAGUAUCAUUUAUUGUUCUUUGUUUCUGUCUACAUGUUCAGUGUGUUUUAUUUCUUUCUUUAGAAGUAAGUAUGUUACAUAAAAAUAUUUCGUUAAAAAAAUAAUAAUAAAUAAUGCUAAUAUGACGUGAAUAUUUUGAGUGUUAUUUCUGUGGAAUUAUUUCGGAAAUGAAUAACUCGAACGAGAACGUGCAUUUUAUUGUGGGUGAUGGUACAUCCACUGGAAGCACCUCAGAUACAGCACAAUUAAUGAGUAAUGAUGAACCAAGUACGUCUAAUUACGCACAGUUAAACACUACUUCAAAUUAUGAGAAUUCAGACUCGGAUGAUUUCCAUGGUAGUCAUGGCAUCAGACGAAGACACCCUGUACAAAAGAUUGAACCUGGAUCCAUGAAUAUUCUGUCAGCUAAAUAUGAAAGCUUAGACUAUGACACCUGUGAGAAUCAUUUACUAUUAGAUGAGGAGCGAAAACGGGGCUAUCCAUUCAUAGUAAAGAAGGAUAUGGCAAGAUGGUUCAUUAUACUACUAAUUGGAGCAGUAACAGCACUAAUUGCAUUCUUUAUUGACAUAUGUAUAGAAGAAUUCUCAAGCAUUAAAUAUAAGGAAUUGAAGAAAUCUGUUGACAAAUAUGUACUCAUGGACAGGCUUUACAUUCCAUAUUUAUUAUGGGUACUGUCAAACAUAUGUGUUGUAUUUAUAGGAUCAGUACUGGUGGCAUAUGUUGAGCCUGUUGCAAGUGGGAGUGGUAUACCACAAGUCAAGUGUUACCUGAAUGGAGUGAAGCUGCCGAGAGUUGUUCGAAUUAAAACUUUAAUAGUGAAAGCUAUAGGUGUGAUAACUGCCGUUGUAGGUGGAUUAGCAGGAGGAAAGGAAGGCCCUAUGAUACAUUGCGGUGCUGUGGUUGCAGCUGGCAUAUCUCAAGGAAAGAGCACUACAUUUAAUAAGGAUUUAAAGAUAUUUCAAUACUUCCGUGAUGAUCACGAGAAGAGAGAAUUUGUUUCAGCUGGAGCCGCCGCGGGUGUAUCGGCAGCUUUCGGUGCCCCAAUUGGAGGUGUUCUCUUCUCGUUGGAAGAAGGUGCUAGUUUCUGGAACCAAGCACUAACAUGGCGAACAUUCUUUGGUACAGUAAUAGCUACGUUCACUUUGAAUUUCGCUUUGUCUACAUAUCAUGGACAUCCAGGAGAAUUAAGUUUUCCAGGUCUGCUAAACUUAGGAAAAAUGGAACCGUUCCCAUUUCAAUUCUAUGAACUGCCUAUAUUCAUGUUAUUCGGAGCUAUAGGCGGGAUAUUAGGAGCGCUGUGGAAUUACAUCAACUAUAGACUUGCUGUAUUUCGUAUAAGAUAUAUUUCGACACCGUGGCUGCGUGUGGUAGAGGCGUGUAUGGUGGCGGCAGCCAGUGCAACCUGCGGCUUUCUCAUGAUGUUUCUACUAAAUGACUGUCGACCUCUCGGCGAGGACCCUACUAAAGUUCCCUUACAGCUAUAUUGUGCGGAUGGAGAAUACUCAGUAAUGGCAGCAAUCUGGUUCCAAACGCCUGAGGCAUCUGUGCGGUCAUUUCUCCACGAUCCGUUAGGGUCGUACAAACCCAUGUCGAUCGCCGUUUUCGUGGUGUGCUACUUCCUGCUGUCCACGUGGACCUUCGGCUUGGCUGUAUCUAGUGGGCUCUUCAUACCGAACCUACUGACGGGGGCAGCAUGGGGCAGACUUCUGGCGCUUGGCAUGCAGGCUAUGGUGCCUUCGAUGCCAAUAAAUUCGGCGAAGUACGCACUAAUAGGCGCCGCGGCACAGUUGGGUGGUGUAGUCCGCAUGACAAUAUCACUCACCGUCAUAAUCAUUGAAACAACUGGACAGAUCUCCAACGCGCUACCGAUUAUCAUAACUCUGGUCGUAGCGAAAUGGGUUGGUGAUUUCUUCUCCGAGGGUAUCUAUGACAUCCAUAUUCAACUGGCGGCUGUGCCGUUGCUGCCGUGGGAGCCUCCACCGCUAGCGCACAACGUCUAUGCCAGCGAAGUGAUGUCACAUCCAGUAUUCACGCUGCGCACAGUCGAAAAUGUCGGCCAUAUCGUCGAGUUGCUGCGUAUUGUAUCUUACAAUGGAUUCCCGGUCGUGGACCCGCCGCUCGCAGAUGAUACCGAAGUCACUACAUACAAACGUUUAAGAGGCUUAAUACUACGCUCUCAAUUAAUAGUCUUAAUACAAAAUAAACUAUACAAUGAAAAUGCAAAUACAUCAUGGCCGAAUCUCAAUGUGGACAUGAACAUUUUUAGGAAAGAGUAUCCUCGUUUCCCUUCUAUUGAAGAGUUGGAGAUAUCGGAUUGGGAGAAAACUUGCACAAUCGACCUACGACCAUACAUGAACCCGUCGCCGUACACUCUCCCACAUCGUGCCUCAUUGCCGCGCCUAUUUCGCCUUUUCCGAGCACUGGGUCUCAGGCAUUUGCCAAUUGUGAAUGAUGUCAAUGAGGUUGUUGGCAUGGUAACACGUAAAGAUAUUGCUAGAUAUCGAGUAUGGAGACAUCGUGGCCAUAUGGGGAUGGAAGAAUUGGUGUUAUCUAAUGAGAUUUAAAAGUAUAUAUAU